AGGUCCUUGUAUUGAUCCAAAUUUUUUUGAAAAUUUAUCCUCUAAGAUCAUUUCUUUAUUGGAUAGUUUGUCUGUUUAAGAGACAGGCAGAGAAGCAGGGAGCAGAAGAGGGAGACACAGGCUCCUCAAGCACACUCUGCCCCAAGCGCAGAGCCUGCCAGGGGCGGGAUCUCAGGAUGCUGAGACCAUGACUUGAGCCACAACCCAGAGUCAGAUGCCUAGUGACUGAGCCGCAGGCGUCAAGCCCCAUGUUCCUGCUGUGGGCACUCCUGCCCCCCCACCCCCCGCCCCCCGUAGCCACUGAGAGCUCGGGCUUUGGUCUGCGCUCCAACUGCCAGGUGGUCUGGGGGCUACAGUGCAGGCUGCACGUCCCCUCUGUCCCACCUCAGGCUGAAAGGGCCUCAGCCCUGAGAAGGAAUCGGAUCUUCCCGACCACCCCUAGCCGGAGGGAGCUGCUGGAGCAGCAGGUAGAAGAACUGGUGCCCGCCUUGCUGUGCUUGGACGACCUUUCCAUUGUUCAAUUUAUGGAAACGUAUCCUGAAUUUGGCACCACCGAAGAGAUCCUGGACCUGCUGUUUGCAAAAUAUGGAUGCAACAAAUAUCUGAAUGAUGACAUCGUGGGAUCCGUGGAGCAGUGCAAAGUGGCCAUCUCCUGCAUCCUGGACAUCUGGCUGGAGUACAUCAGGAGGAUUUUCAUCAGCCCACCAGAAUUUCCUCUUCCUGAGGAAACUUCUGGCAUUCAUGGGGGCUCAACAGGCCAGCUUUGGCCCCAGAGCAACACCCCUAACCCACCUCAGGAGCCCACCCCAGCUCCGACUGUGGGGCCUGUGGCACCUUCAGGGCCUGAGGUGACCGAGCCGGUCCCGGCUGCUGGAGGACGGAAGCUACUACCCAAAGGCAAAGCGGCCGCCACCUGGUCAUUGCGAGCCCCGCGGGGCACAGGGUGGGUGGUGAGCGGCGCAGCGCCGGCGCCAGCAGCCCCCGGGCCGGAGCAGAUCCUGCGUCCGCAGCAGCCGCCUGCAGCACAUCCCGCUCCCGAGGCCUCCGCCACCGGGGAGCACGUGGGCCUGCGCGCCCUCCACUCGGGGGUGACCCCCUCCAGACCCUGGGCCGAGCAGGGACCCGCAGCUUUCUGCGACCAGCAAGUCGGCAGCCAGGGCCUGUCUCCGGUCGCGACACCAGCCCAGCUGCCUCACGCGAACACCCCUUCCCCGCAGCUCCCCGGGCUGCACCCUUGCCCUGGAGCCCGACGGACGGGUGCUGCCAACGCCAGGUCGCGCCUUCCCCGUGCUUUGCUACCUCAGGCCCAGGGCUCUGUGCUCCUCCAGAGCCCUUCCUCCACCGAGGCGUUAGACCCGUCCAGGAAAGGGAAGGGGAAGCCGCCGAACGUGUCCCUGGGGCAGGCCAAACCCAGACAGGCCGUCCUCUGCAAGCACAAGCCUAAGUACUGUAGCAGCUUUGGGGCCCAUAGCUCCCUGCAGAUCCACCUCCGCUCCCAUACCGGAGAGAGACCCUUCGUGGGCUCUGUCUGUGGCCGCCGGUUCACCACCCAGGGCAACCUCAAGUGCACUUGCAUGGACAUCCCCAGGGAGGCCCACCCCCAGCUCUUUCCCAAGUUCCACGACAAAACGUCGGCAGGCCAUGGCAUUCCCUAUGCACUCUCUGUAGCCAUCCCCGUAGAUGAAUCGAGUCUCUCUUUAGACAGCAAACCUGUCCUUGUAACAGGGACCCCCGGUCUAGGGCUACCUCAGAAUCUCUCUUCAGGGACUAACCCCAAGGACCUCCUGGGCGGCCCGCUGCCCAAUGACCUGCAGCCCGGGACUUCCCCAGAAAGUGAGGACGGGUCCCUACUGUCUGGGGGGGUGGGAGCAAGCCACACUUCCCCGAGGGUUGGUGGUUUCCAAGGGAGUGGGACCCCGAGCGGGUCGGAGACCCUGAAAUUACAGCAGCUGGUGGGGAACAUUGACAAGGCCACCACCGACCCCAACGAAUGUCUCAUUUGCCACCGGGUCUUGAGCUGCCAAAGCUCCCUGGAGAGGCAUUGGCCCCACACCGGGGAGAGGCCAUUCCAGUGCAAGAUCUGGGGUCGGGCAUUGUCCACCAAGGGCAACCUGAAGAUGCACCUCGGGGUUCCCCGGACCAACACGUCCAUAGAGAUGCGGCACUCGUGCCCCAUCUGCCAGAAGAGGGUCCCGAACGUGGCCCUGCUGCAGCAGCGCAUCCAGAUGCACAUGGGCGGCCAGAAUCCCCACACGCCUCUGCCCCAGAUCCCCUGUGACUUCCCAGGUCCCGAGGCCGCGAUGGUCAGUGAACACGGCAGCGCGGGUGCCACCUGUCACGAUGAUGUCAUCAGAGCAUCGACUUGGAUGAGCGGGGCCCCAGGACGCUUCGGGCUGCUUCCCAGCGCCCACUCAGCAUCCCCCACGCUCG